ACAACGUCUACCCAAAGUUUGCACGCGCGCAAUAUUGACGUAAUUUAUGGCUGAAAUCGGGAAAACAAAAAGCAUUUCUUCCAGAGCGCUCCUGCUUCGGAACAAAGGCUGUCAAAUACAACGGACGUAUCUUCAGAUCCAACCCCGUGAUUUACGAGAAGGAAAAACAAAAUAUGAUCAAUAUCUGGUUGGUGCUGCUAGGCUUGACUGUGACAGGACAAGCUGUAGUUGAGGCACUACGAACUCCUGAUGAUGAGGGGUUUCGCCACGUACCUUUAACCGUUUCCGACAGAACAUUUCUUGCAUUCUCCGUGAAGGCCUGUCAUGAUGCCAUCCUAGAUCUUCAACUGACACCUGGCAGUACCGUAGAUGACAGCUACGAGGUUGUGCUUGAUGGUUUUCACCCAGGCCAUAAAUCUGUAAUACGUGACGAUGAGAGAACAAAUCAAAUGGCUCAUAAAGAUGGGGCAAUCUUGAGCUGUAAUGAGUUUAACGAUUUUUGGGUCAGUUGGGCCAAUGGAAAUAUUGAAGUUGGAACUGGCAAAGUGAAAGGAAGUGGCAGGUUUAUGUCAUGGACGGAUACAACUCCUCAUGCAGUGAAUGCCAUCAACGUGUAUACUGGAUGGGGGGCCACAGGAGAGUGGAAAUUCUAUGAUUUAACCAGGAUGAAUAUACAAACUCCUAAUGACGAGUCGUAUAGACAUCAAGCUCUUGAUGUUAGUGACCAAACAUUCCUUGCCUUCUCCGUGAAGGCCUGUCAUGA